UGCAAGUAUACGAUGAAAGUCGAAUACAGAAAAAUGCAGGACUCGCACUUACGAUGGAUCGAAGAUUGCUUGUACGAAACAGAAGAAAAUCAAGUGUAACCGACAUGCUAAUUUGCUUUGCAUGUGUUGCAUCAGGGAAAUCCAGUAGUCGUAAAUAUUGACUAUUUUUAGAACUCGUUGGCUUUCUUCGAAAAUUAUUGAGCGGGGUCCUUAAUGCAGUCAAUUUAAGGCAUGGCUUGGAUGAAUGUCGCAAGUAAGAUGAGACUGAUGUCUUGGAAUUAGGGCAGACAGAUUGGAGUCUACCGCGAAAUCCCUUUUGAGGGUAAGUUGAUCGCAAUCAAUUGUUGUAGGCGAUUUUGUUCGAAACGUUCUGUUGCCAGGUUCGAGAUCAUUGGACACCAGACAUGAGUAGUGAUGGCGGUCACGGCGAAGUGCCGAAUCUGCCAGCAUCUAUUGGGCUGGAAGUGUUUCUGGAGUCUUGGUUCCAGGAAUUAUGCUGUCUUGGGCUUGGGACGCCUCCAGCUUGGUGAGCUGCCCUCUAAGGCUAUGCGCGAGUGGGUGCCGCCAGCGGACGACCCAUUGCCGUCGUUUUCAUCGAAGAAAAGCGGUCAAGAAGGAGAUUAUAGAAAACCUUGGCGAAAGUUUUCUGCAGACCUACCGCGGCAGUCGGAUGUUAGAGCACAGAAGAGCAAUUUGAAGCAGCCAGAUUGGACUCUCAUACAAACAAAAGAAUCUCUACCGGUGGAGAGUGCAUCCACUCCAUCUUGGGUGAGUAAGAAAAUAGCAGCAGUGUCCGAAGCUCACACGUCACCAGCUGUUAUUAAUGCCCUAAACGAAGAUGAGAUUGAGACUGGAGAUUGUGACUUGCAGGAGUGGUUUGCCAUCAAAUCAAGGGAGUUCCAGACCAAGUUGUUAGAUGCAGACCCAUCUGAUGACAUGUUGAAUGGUCCUUAUGCUCUGAAAAAGCGGAGGAGAAGUCGUGCUGUAGUGGGCAGCGAUGAUGAUAUUAGGGACCUUUGCUUGAACGGUCAACCUAAGAACUCCCUUCAUAUUUUAGAGCAGCGAGGGAUCGAACCAAGCUCGUAUGCCUACGUUUGCUUGCUCAGGAGGUGUACUCACAUGAAGGACCUUGCGGAAGGGAAAUACGUCCACGCACACAUGGCUAAGAGUGACUUUGUACCCACAACCUUCGUGCUCAACGCUCUGGUGAACAUGUACAUGAAGUGCGGUAGUCUCGUAGAUGCUCGUCAAGUGUUCGACAGAAUGGUAGAGCGAGAUAUGUUCACAUACACUAUGAUGUUGACUGGAUACGCCAAGUUGGGGUAUCCCGAGGAUGCGUACAAAAUGUACGAGCAAAUGCAGAAGGAGCGCGUGCCAGUCGAUAGAAUUACCUUUACUACUAUCCUCAACGUAUGUUCAACGCUGCGUUCUCUGGAGAAAGGCAUGAAAGUGCAUCAGGACAUGGUAAGAGGAGGAAUUCGUCCAGAUAUAAUUUUGGGUAAUACGCUGAUCGACAUGUAUGCGAAGUGUGGCAACUUGAAGCAGGCGCACAGAGUGUUCAAGGAAAUGGAUAACCGGGAUAUUGUUACGUGGAAUAUCAUGGUCGGUGGAGCUGCCCGAAAUGGCUACUUUGAUGAGGCUUUUGAGUUCUUUAAGGCAAUGCUAGAUGAAGGCCAAAAGCCAGACAAGGUGACUUACAUAUCUAUUCUUAAUGCGUGUACAUCACUGGAGCAGGGGACGUUGCUACAUUCAGUAAUCAUGAAAGCAGGAUUUGAGCUCGACGUGCGAGUGGGGACGGCUCUAGUUAAUAUGUUCUCCAAAUGCGGAAGUGUUGUAGAUGCACUCAAGGUGUUUCAGAAGCUACCUCAGCGAAACGUGGUAUCUUGGACGUCAGUGAUUUCAGCUUAUGCCCAAGCUGGUGAACCGGAGAGGGCUUUGGAGUGUUAUGCGAAGAUGCUAAACGAGGGAAUGGUGGCUGACAAGCGUGCCUAUACAACUAUUUUGAACGUGUGUGCAAUGCUAGGAGAUAUAGAGAAAGGGAAGGCAGUGCAUGGUCAUAUAGUGCAAAGUGGGAUUGCAACGGACAUAAUCACGGAAAAUGGUCUGAUCGAUAUGUAUGUCAAAUGUGGGAGAUUAAAAGAUGCCUAUCGAUUAUUUCAAGACAUGAAUGUACGAGAUGUGGUGUCCUGGACCACUCUCAUCGAAGGAUGGGUUCAGCAUCGUCAAUAUCAGGAGGCUCUUGAUACCUUCAAUGACAUGCAACUAGAAGGGGUGAUGCCGAACACCGUAACAUUCCUUGGUGUUCUCAAGGCGUGUGCUGGUAUGGGAUCCCUUGUGGAUGGCAAACGCAUACACGCGAGAAUUGUUGAAGCUGGACUUGCUGAAAACGCACACAUUAGACACGCUCUUGCUGAUAUGUAUGCAAAGUGUGAUAGCUGCGGGAAUGCCUUUUAAGUGUCGGAUACUCCCUUGUAGCGGAUCUAUAGAAAAGUUUGAUCGCCUCACAUGCUUUACUUCCUACUGUUGCUUCUUGCUCUUGUGCAAGGACGUAAAACAAGGAUGCUUUUGGAUGAUUCCCUCAAAGCAUAUGCAUGAGUGGAGCUUAUUCGAGUCUGAGACACUGGAUGUCGAUGUAGUCAAAGAUACCGUUUCCAUAAACAGCUCCAGGCUUUGACAUUACUUGAAACACAUAUUGCUGACCAAGCAUCAGUUAAACUUUUGGCCCGGCAUUCUGGUGCGGCUCAAUGUGGACAAUAAUCGCUGACCAACUCAAGAAUGCAUUGGUGUCAAAACGAUUACAAGCGACAUCCUAAUUGCUGCUGGUAUUCCAGCCUGUCUCGUUACAGAAUUUAUACACCACCUGAUUUGGAGACGUGCACAUGCUUAUUUCAUGAGAUUUAAUACAAAAAGAGCCUUCAAUGUGGAGUGAAAAAUAAAUGAAAUGGUUUUGGAUAAAU